AUGAAAUUUCAGUUACGUUUUUCUUCUCCUCUACCAUUUGUUAUUUCAGUCGGCAAUACUCUGGCAAUUCGAUGUUAUACUGGUACGGAUAGACAAUGCAUUUUAUCUCCGAAUACAAACGACUGUGGAGAGAAUGAGACGUGUGUAUGUGCGAAAUAUCGUUUUCAAUGUGCAGCAAACGAUCAAGCUUGCACUCAACAUGAACAAACAGUACAUAUGAAAAAAUGGGGCUAUGUAAUUAUAGAAUGGAUGCAAUCGCCCAGCGACCGGCCGAUGUUCAUGGUCGCAACAGCGUCGACGAGAGCUUCGUAA